CUGACUACGUCACAAGCUCCUAAAAUGGCGUUUUGAUGACGACGGGAAAAGUGAGGACCACUACCCUUGUUUGAAAGAGACCCCAAUGUAAGACAUCAAGGGUAGGCGAUGGAGCUCCCGAACUAUGCCAGUCAACUGCUUCUCCAGCUCAAUCAACAGCGCUCCAAGGGCUUCCUGUGCGAUGUCAUUAUCAUGGUCGAGAACACGCUCUUCCGAGCCCACAAAAGCGUCCUCGCCGCCACCAGCCACUACUUCAAAUCCCUCGUCCUUCACGAUAACCUCAUCCACCUCGACCCCGAUAUGGUGGAUACAACCAUUUUCCAGCAAAUUCUGGAUUUCAUUUACACUGGCAAACUAUCCGACGAGACACUUGAUGAUCUAGAUUUAAGCUCUCUGCUCACCACAGCGAAUUAUCUCCAACUCACUGACCUCGCAAACCUGUGCUCCAGCAAGAUCAACCAAAAUGGCUCCUUCAAAAGCUUAUCUCGUGGGAGUUCCUUGAGAGUGCAGAGGUUCUCCUCGCCUACCUCAAACAACUCUUCAGGUCACUCGUACGACAGGGCAAUUGAAGAUCACUCGUCAGACACUGAAACAUAUUGUAUGACCCCUCCCAAAAAGAGGCAUAACGCUCAAAGUAGAUGCAUUUCCAGGAAGAAGCAGGACUUGGGGUUGGAUUUGUCGAAGAAAAACUCAAAUUCGGAGACCUUAGAGAAUGAUGAGGUGCUUGUAUCUAGAACAGUCUCCAACAAUAUGCAGCUAGGAAUAAAUGUUAAGUGUAUCCCAAAGGAGGAGAAGUGGAUAAUUCCUUUAGAUGGAGCUCAGGAAAGGAAACGGGAGGGAUCCCGAAGAAAGUCCAAGGUCAAUGGUUACAUUCCUCCUAACAGGGCUGGAAGUCAGCUAAGCCAAAAUCAGACGUUUACUCUUGAGUUGUCUGUAAAGAAAGAGAUUGGAGAAAAGAUGCAAGAUGAAACCGAAGGCCAAAAACCAAACAAUGGGUCCACCAAUUUUGUUUAUCAAAAGGAGACCUUUCUCAAAGAAGCCGAAGGCGACAACCCUUAUGUUUGUAUACCAUGCGAAAAGGGUUUUCCCUCUUCGGAAAGCCUGAAAUCCCAUGUGCAAACCCAUAUCAAUGAAGAUGUGGAUGUGAAAGUUGAGGAUGAGGAGGAAGGUGAGGGAGACCUUGGAGGUACCAGAGUCUCGCAAGAAGCUCCUGAAAGCCUGGAGCAAAGUCCACCAAAGUCCCUCAAAGAUGUCGACACCUUGCGUCCGUUCCCUUGCAAUAUUUGCGGCAAGAUGUUCACGCAGCGUGGCACUAUGACGCGCCACAUGCGCAGCCACCUCGGCCUAAAGCCAUUUGCUUGCGAGGAGUGCGGCAUGCGUUUCACCAGGCAGUACCGUCUAACCGAGCACAUGCGCGUCCAUUCGGGGGAAAAGCCGUACAAGUGCCAGGUCUGCGGAGGGAAAUUUACGCAACAAAGAAACCUCAUUAGUCACAUGCGGAUGCAUACCUCCUAGGACAAGUCAAAGAGUUCCAAACUUGGAUGAUACCUCGAAAUUAGAAUCGGAUCUUCAUAAUGUUGUUUAGUCUGGUAGAGGUUGCCCUUUUGAGCUAAUCUAGGGGUUAGGCCACAUUCACACUAAUCCGUUUUGGUUUGAAAACUCUGUUUACAGUGGAGGAAAACAGUGUCCUAGUGUGGAUGAGAGGGGUGAAGGUAAACAAAAAUGUAUUAGUGUGGACGUGGCCUUAGUUUCGCCCACAAAUACUCUUGAACACUACAAAGAUUGUUUUUUUGUUUUUUUUUGUAGAGGAAUGGCGACGCCAUACUUGGAUAAGCAUAAAAAUGCCAACUUCAGCCAAAUCUUAUUGUUAUACCUCUGUCUUCAUACCUUCUUUAAUAUUCUACUUGUGCAUGAGUUGUUUAUUGUUCUUGUUAGUGUGUAGUUAAAAAUGAAUACAGCGUUUAUCCACUUAGAGAUGUAGUUUGAAUAACACAAUAAAAAAUGACCUCAAAUAGCUAGAAAUCCUCUCUAGAACUGAAGCGAACAAUUGUUCCUGGUGAUACCAGUUAUUUUACAGCAGCGACUUGCUAUACUUCUCGAAUGUAUUUUAUGGAGUUUGAUUUAGUUUAUGCUUCAGAAACAGACCUUGAUAAAGCUGGAUUGUUUACUUGAAUACACAAAAUUGCUACCUCAGAUUAAACCAAACCCUCUGAUUAGCCUGUAUGAGAUUAUAUAAGACUACAUAUUAGAUCAAAACUACUCUCUGUCUUCCAUAUUUCAGUCUCUAUCUCUGAAUUCAAAUAAUAAGCUUAAACUGUUAAACAUCUGAUCCAAAUUAGAGAAAACACACUGCCUGUUUUAAAGUAAACUUUUCAGGGGUACAGGUAAUACUUCACUAUGGAGUUGCGAUCUGAGCUAGUUAAGCGUUGUUGCUUGAGCAAUUAAGGUGUUUUGAUGUACAGUUCCAAAGAAAUAUUGAAUGUUGAAAUGCUAAAGAAAUACUGUAAAACUAUAACCAAAUCUAUAUUCUUGCUAAAUAUUUAAGUCUAAUUUAUGCUUCUUUCGAUUCAGGGUUAUAUUUGAGUCUUUGUUUUUUUUGUUGUUUUUUUCCAGGGGUUUUCCUUUUUGGUUUUUUUUAUUUUUUAUUUUUCUCCAAUGCUUUAAACCAAUGGCUUAAUUUAUACACCAUGUUGUCCAUUGAUAUUACUGAUGUGGCAUGUGCAUUGUACUUAUGAAUUAAAAAGAGUUAGGUUUAGCUAAUUGCAUUCAUGAAUUUAAGUGUUGAUAGGAGACCAAAAGCGUAAAAGCGAAACCUACUGUAAAUAUCUUUGGGUAUCUUAAUGUCAGUUAUUGUUCUCAGUUGAUGUAUUACUGAAACUUUUACUUUGUUUAGAUAUUAAAUCACCUUCUUACUGUGUUUUAAUUUCUUUAUGACAUGUUUAUUUGAAACUACCUCUUGUUGGGUAUUUUGUACGUUGUACACAUGUUUUCAGCAUGCUGAAGGGCUUUUGAUACCUGAUUUGAAGGUUGUAUUAACAGUUUUUGUAGCUGCGAUAUCAAAAUGGUACUUUAAAUAAUAGAUCAACUAGCCUAAGGUUUGAUUUGUUGAAUUGCUUUUACAUGUAGUCUUUGUUCAUUUUUGUGCGUGCUUGCUUUUUCUGUUUUUGGUUUAUAUCGAGAUGAUUAUUUGACAUUGUCUGUAAAUCAGUACAUUUUUAGAAUAUUCAGGAACUUUUUAAUAUGUAAUAGGACUUGAAACUGAACUUCAAAACUGUGACAACUGUUCAUUUGCAUCCUCUGCAAACCUCAGGGAACAAUUAGGGAUGCAUGUCCCAAUAAAGCGCCAUUAACCAAUGUUUUUUUGUUUUAGAUAUGUUUCAAUGUUCUCUACACCUAACACAAUAAGGUGUGGCAGCUCUUCUUUCAACUUACAGUAAAGUUUGUGUGUAGUUGUACGGAUUGAUGUGGUUUUCAAUGCUUUUGGAAGAGUACCUUGUCCAGAAAAUACAGAUACUAAAGUAUUUGCAACCUGUUUAUGAAAACCAAAGCACAUUUUCACUCUUUGAAAAAUGUAAGAUCCUAUUGUAUAGAACCUUGUUCUCAGUUAUGACAUGAAAUAAACAAUAAAUAAAUGCUGAUCAAAUAAUAAAAAUCUAGUUAAAACAUUU